CUGAAUCUCAUCAAAUCUUCCUUCCGGAAUGGGUCACCUGACUUGUUGCUGAUGAGGAAAGAUGGCUGCUCAUCUGUCUUACGGAAAAGUGAAUUUAAACAUUUUAAGGGAAGCUGCGAGGAAAGACCUGCGGGAAUUUCUGGACAAGUGUGCAGGAAGCAAAGCCAUAGUUUGGGAUGAGUAUCUUACUGGGCCUUUUGGACUCAUAGCUCAGUACUCUCUUCUAAAGGAACAUGAGGUGGAAAAGAUGUUCACCCUCAAGAGUGGGAAACUUCCCAAUGCUGAUGUGAAGAACAUAAUCUUCUUCGUCCGUCCCAGGCUGGAGUUGAUGGACAUAAUUGCAAAGAAUGUUCAGAGUGAGGACAGACUGCAUUCAUCCAGAGACUUUCACAUUUUGUUUGUGCCUCGGAGGAGCAUGCUCUGUGAGCAGAGACUGAAGGACCAAGGCGUGCUAGGUUCUUUUAUCAACAUGGAUGAGUAUAUCCUGGACCUGAUUCCCUAUGAUGGGGAUCUGCUGUCCAUGGAGUAUGAAAGUGCUUUCAGGGAGUGCUACUUGGAAAAUGACCAAACCAGCCUGUACCACACCGCCAAAGGCCUUAUGACUUUACAAGCCCUUUAUGGGACCAUUCCUCAGAUAUAUGGAAAAGGAGACUGUGCAAGACAUGUUGCCAACAUGAUGCUGAGAAUGAAGAGAGAGUUUGCCGGCAUUCAGAACCAGAUCCUGCCUGUGUUCGACACUCUUCUGCUCCUGGACCGCAACGUUGACCUGCUCACUCCUUUGGCCACACAGCUCACCUAUGAGGGGCUCAUCGAUGAAAUCUAUGGAAUAAAUAAUGGGUACGUCAAGCUGCCUCCUGAGAAGUUUGCACAGAUGAAGCAAGGGGAAGCUAGUAAAGAUCCACCCACAGAGCCCAAGAAGCUGCAGCUAAACUCGGCGGAGGAGCUGUACGCAGAGAUCCGGGACAAGAACUUUAACGCUGUUGGUGCAGCUCUCAGCAAGAAAGCUAAAAUAAUAUCUGCUGCCUUUGAGGAACGUCAUAAUGCUAAAACAGUGGGAGAAAUCAAGCAGUUUGUGUCUCAGCUGCCUCACAUGCAGGCAGCACGAAGCUCACUGGCUAACCACACGUCGAUUGCAGAGCUGGUCAAAGACAUAACCACAUCAGAAGCUUUCUUUGAUAGUCUAACGGUGGAACAGGAGUUCAUGACUGGAGUCGACACAGACAAGGUGAACACAUACAUAGAGGACUGCAUAGCUCAGAAGGAUCCGCUGAUCAAGAUCCUGCGUUUGGUGUGUAUGCAGUCAGUGUGCAACAACGGCCUCAAGCAGAAAGUCUUGGAUUAUUACAAGAGAGAGAUUCUUCAGACCUACGGCUAUGAGCACAUACUAACAUUGCACAACCUAGAGAAGGUGGGUCUUUUAAAACCACAAACAAGCUCACGGAACAACUACCCCACUAUUAGAAAAACUCUGAAACUCUGGAUGGAGGACGCCAAUGAGCAGAAUCCCAACGACAUCUCGUACGUGUACAGCGGCUACGCUCCACUGAGCAUCCGGCUGACUCAAGUGUUGGCGAGGCCGGGGUGGCGAAGCAUAGAGGAGGUGCUGAAGAUGCUUCCAGGCCCACACUUUGAGGAGAGGCAGCAGCUUCCAUCUGGAUUACAUAAAAAACGUCAGCAGGGGGAAAACCGAACAACGCUGGUCUUCUUCCUCGGUGGAGUGACAUACGCAGAAAUAUCUGCUCUCCGAUUCCUCUCUCAAAUGGAAGACAGCGGGAUGGAGUACAUCAUCGCAACCACAAAACUCAUCAAUGGCACAACAUGGAUUAAGACCCUCAUGGAGGGUAUUUCUUGGAGUCCAAAAUAAAAAAAGCAACUUCCUCCUAGAUUUGGUCAUGUCAUAAGCGUGUUUUGCUUGCUGCUUAGUGGGUCAUUUUUGGGGGAAAAGCAGAAACGGCAGUGUAUCCAUCAGCUGUGGUCCAGCUCACUGAAGAAGCAAUUAGCACAGUAACAGGCCUCCUGAUCAGCCGAUAAUAGCCCAGUGCUGCCAGGAGAGCUCAGCCUCCAGCCGCCUGUGAUUUGACAGCGCAGGACACUGAUUUAAUUAGGAAGCCAUUUGCUCCAUGUUCCGGUGGAGGAUAACUGUGCUGUGGGAGGGUGUUUGAUCUCUGUGUCAGUCAAUAGCUUCUCCAUGCCCGCCACUGUAUAUACAGGAAAACCUGCUGACAGAUAUUUUUGCUGCUUUCCAGUCAAUGUAAAUGUCUUCUGUGCUGGUUUCCUAAAAUUGUAAAAUAUUUAGUUGAAUUCUUGUUUUGCUUUUAAAAUCUGCUUUCUUUGGGAAGAUAAACAUGCCGAAGAUUUAAAUUGGGAAUAAACGGACAGCAGUUGCCUUGAGAUCCAUGUGGUCAGUUUUACUUUUGCUCCCUCCUCUGCAAGAAGAACUUGAGACGCUCGAUUCUGCACACGCAGAUUUGGAGCAGACGGCUGAAGCACAGCAGUCCACCCCCAGCUGUCCCGCUUCAAUAUCAUCAAGGUGUGUGUAUGAGAGAUGGGUCGAGGGGAGAACAUGGGACACCUGACUCAGCCUGGUCAGAGGCCGAAGGUGCUGGAGGUGCCAGUGGACGUGGAUCCUCUGAUCAUCCGCUUCCUCCGAACAUUCAAAGAAGUCCUCAAAUUUGUUCUCUUCAGCUACACAGUACUGUUCGGUGGUUUGCUCCUCGCGAGGUGGACCACUUACUUCAUGGUGGGCAAAUAAAGUUUUGACCUAUGAGGCUCAAGCUGAUCAAACAAGGUCUCGUUUUUUUUUUGGGCUUUUGCUGUUCUUGCAAAACAACAGUAGCGUUUAUGAUGCCUGUUUUCUUCUUUGAUUGUGGCAGCCCUAAUGCCUUUUAUAUGUUUUUUUUUAAUGAAUCUAAAGUAGGCCUUAACAGGAACUUUGAAGAAACUGAAAUUGUUGUCAAGCCAGCUUGCAUUCCAUGUGAUUGUCAGCAUUUUGUCCAUAUGUGCAAUUCCAUAUCUGUGCUGAAGCACAGUAAACAUGUCUGUAUGGUUGUAUAAUGAGCAGUAUAUUCCUAGAAAAUAAAAUGUUUACCUACA